UUUGUCUGUUUUUAACCUGUUCUUUCCGUCAUGUCUGGCCGUGGCAAGCAAGGAGGCAAGGCCCGUGCCAAGGCCAAGUCGCGCUCGUCCCGCGCUGGCCUCCAGUUCCCAGUGGGCCGGGUGCACCGCUUGUUGCGCAAAGGCAACUACGCCGAGCGGGUGGGGGCCGGCGCGCCCGUCUACAUGGCGGCCGUGCUGGAGUACCUGACCGCGGAGAUCCUGGAGCUGGCGGGUAACGCGGCCCGGGACAACAAGAAGACGCGCAUCAUUCCUCGCCACCUCCAGCUGGCCAUCCGCAACGACGAGGAGCUGAACAAGCUGCUGGGCAAAGUGACCAUCGCCCAGGGCGGUGUCUUGCCUAACAUCCAAGCCGUUUUGUUGCCAAAGAAAACCGAAAGCCACAAAGCUAAAAGCAAAUAAAU